AUGCCUUUUGCCAACGGCUUAUCCUCCAAGCCAGCCUACAAGUUCGGUGUCGAGAUCGAGAUGUUCAUAAUCUUCAAGGCUGAGCCUGAAGACAUUCGUCUUGAAGAUACCAUGGCAAGCCAGCUCGAAAAGGUAGCCGACAACAUUGCUGAACUCUACAACUCUACAAUUUCUGAGCUUCCUCCAGGCGAGCCUGAAGUCAAAUAUCCAUCCAUGACUCGCCAAGAUUGGAAAUCUGAUAUCGUCGAAACCCACCCUACUCGUUGGGAAAUCAACAACUUCUGGGAAAUUCAUGACGAUCCCAGUCUUUACAUGUUCGGUAUCGAGCAGUGUGAUGGUUGGCCCCUCGAGUUUGCCUCUCCUAUUUUCGACUACUCAAUCAUGAUGUCUCAUGAUCACGUCGUCCGUGGUCGUUACGUCUAUCCAUGGAUGAGCUCUAUCAAGAAGUUAUUCACCUUCCUUCAAGAUAAGACUAUUGUCCUCGUGGAUGAUGAGUGUGCUUUGCAAGUGAGCGUCUCAGCCAACGACCACUAUGGAUGGGAUAGCUUAGAGCAGGUCAAGUCUCUCUCUAAGAGUAUUUUGUACUUCGAACAUGCCAUUCGUUCUGUCCUACCCCAGGAUCGCCAUGACAACGACUAUGCCAAGUGGAACGGCUCUCCUACCCAAACCACUAGCACGAUUACUCGUAUGAAUCCCCAGUUCGAGGGCACCUCUGGCGUCGAAUUACGCAUUGCGCUCGUUGACGCUUGCGCCACCGUGGCAGAAUUGAUCGAGCUUAUGAACAAUGAUCAAAAACGUUGGAGUUGGAACUUUACCAAUCUCGAAGCAGACGCAAACUCCAACUUGAUCCACGGCCGUGUUGAGUUCCGUAGCCCCCCUGCCGUGGACAAUUGGCGUGAAUGCGCGGCUUGGAUUCAUUUUACGAUGGAGUUUGUUCAUGCCGCUAUUUCGACAAGAGCUACUAUGCACCGUCUUGGAGCGUUCGAGAGCGACUGGGAGGGAUUGAUGAAGUUUCUUGACUCUGUUCCACCUCUUAUGUCGAAUGAUUCCAAGGUGACGUACCGUCGUGAGCUUGGGUUGUCCGAUAACUAA